CAUUCAAAGCUGAUAUUUCUGUUCCUCUUGACAGUUUGCUGAGAUUACGCAAUCUCGACAAGAACGAAUGAGCUCAGGUGUUUGUGUUCAGGUGUCAAAUGACACCUGAGUCAUAGUUUGAAUGGGCAUGCAAACAUCGUCACGUUCGCGUCCUUCUCUCUUCUCUGGCUCGCUUUCUCUCCAUCGUCCUUUUCGUCCCACAGCGGCGUGCAUCCUGUCAGUGGCGCACGAGGCAGGAAUAGGAAGGCAGCCCCGCUCUGUUUACUUCCCUCUCUCACUUCCCGCCUCUCCUCCCCUGGCUACAGACGCUCGCUGUUCUUUUUGCGAAGCCGGCAGAGAGCCAGUAGUUGGCUCUCGCUCUGACGCCGGCCAUCUCAAAAGAAGAACCAGAUGCGGAUUCGGGGUGAAUUUGUGACGUUCCGUGAACUUUGGAGGAGUGGGAGUGAUGCGUGAGGAUCGACGUCGGGUGGGGGGGGGAGCGGAUGUUGGUUGACCUCAAAGACAGCUGUUCCAUCUGGUUAGUCCUGAGAGCCUCUGGGAGAGGAGGAACGUCUGACUCCCGACGGGAUCACAACAGGAGCAUGUGAUGUCACUCCUCACCUGGGGCGCUCGUCUGGGUCUCUGCUGAGUAGUUGUGGGUUUCUCCUGAAAACAAGAGCAGGGGGAAGGGAGGGACUUCCAUUUAAGGUGGGCAAAUCACAUCAUGGUCUCAUCUGACAUAAUUCUCGGAGCCAGCCGGGGGACGUUGAUUAAUGUGAGACCACCAAAAUAGAAACAGCACUUGCGGACUUGUUGGAGCCUAAAUACAAAGAAGCACAAUGUGGAAUCAGUCGGGAUACUGCAAUCACAUACCUCGGCCUGGAUAUCCCUUCUACCACGCUCCUUGCAGUCAUAACCAGAGAAGCACCACCUUUCGUCAUCCCGUAACCGGGCAGGUUUCUCCAGAGAGCGUGGAUUUUACCCUUCAAGAACAACUGCCAGGUCCUCGCGUGAUGCCCCAACCCGGCAUCGAGCAGCUCUCCAGCACCACCGUCAGCGAGGUCUCCACCCUCACCACCACCUCCACUGUGGAUGCCGCCUCCACCUCCAAGGGUUCUCGCGCUGGCGGCAGCAGGGUGCACAGUUUCGGCAAGCGAGACCAGGCCAUCAAGAGGAACCCCAAUGUGCCUGUUGUGGUCCGAGGAUGGUUGUACAAACAGGACAGCUCAGGCAUGCGUCUUUGGAAGAGGAAGUGGUUUGUCUUGGCCGAUUUCUGUCUCUUCUACUAUAAAGACAGCAGAGAGGAGGCGGUCCUCGGCAGUAUUCCACUUCCCAGCUAUGUCAUUUCACCCGUGGGACCCGAGGAUCACAUCAACCGCAAGUAUGCCUUCAAGGCCGGCCACACUGGAACGUGCUCGUCCGUUUACAAACGCAGCUCUGUAAUUGGCUCUCAGGCAGAGCACACGGGCAUGCGGACAUACUACUUCAGCGCCGACACGCAGGAGGACAUGAACACCUGGCUGAGGGCCAUGAACCAGGCUGCCAAUUUGAGCGGUCCCGUCGACACCGGCAUCAGAGCAUCUGACCAGUCAGAUCACUUCCCCAUGAUGCGUCAUCAGACUGUCACGCACACCAAUCAUAUCAACCACAAGGCUCCCGAACCCCAGAGACCCACCGUCCACGAGGUUCUCCUGGAGCCCAUACAUCUCAACCAAGGCGACCGCUGCAGCUUCCACAAAGACUCUCCCGUCGCCGUGGAGAUGGACACCCACGCCUCCCUGCCCGCCAACCCCACGGCCGCCGCCCUCCCGCCGCCGGGCCAGGCGUCCUCAUCAGCGCCCGUGUCCAGGGUACCGUCUCGAGCGCCCUCACGGUCUGCCUCCACGCUGCCCUCGGGCGUUGGUGCAAGAAAUGGCCUGGUGGAGACGCCGAGCCCCAUCUUGGAGCCUAACGGAAUCGCGGCGGGGACGUACCAAAGGGCCCCGGAAGCCCCUCAGGAGAUGAGGAGGAGGAGUACUCUGGAGCAGGUGGAGCAGUGGGUCAAGGUGCAGAAAGCUGAACACCAAGGUCCUCCAUCCCGAGAAAACACCCUCCCCCGUCGAACGCCGCCCUCCCAACCCAAGUUUGGCACCCUGGACUCACGCCAGACCCUGCCAAAGACGCCCCGCCACAGCCCCCCGCUGGCACGCCACAGCGAGUACAAGUACGCCCAGGACCGCCUGAGCCACUUCCGCCUCACACCUGAGCUUGGCGGCCCUAGUUCCAACACCGUCCUGCAGCUGUACGAGUGGCAGCAGCGGCAGCAGUACCGUCACGGUAGCCCCACUGCGCCCCUCUACACACCGGCCCCGGACUACCCUUUUGGCGCCAGGCCGCCGGCCGCCAAGCACAGUGGGCCGCCACGUUGCGUGUCUGUACCGCCUUCGCCCGCCGACAUCCCGCCUCCAGGGCCUCCGCCGGGCACCAGCAGGACCUUGUCGCCCGCCCGCCGCCCGCACACGCCGGCUGACCGUGUGACAGUGAGACCCAUAGUUGAUGCGUCGGUGGUGGACACCCCCUUUGCCAUUUCACCUCGCAGGACCAAGUCUCAAGUCUUCAAGCCAUCCACCAUCGAGAGGUGCUCGCUGCCUCCCUCCAACUACAUCAUGCACACGGUCAGCGCGCCAAGCCUCCACGGCAAAACGCCCGACGAGCUCACCCUGCUCCUCAUUCAGCUGCGCCGCCAGCAGGCAAAGAUGGCGGCUGCACGGCAGCACGCGCUGGCGCAGCUGCAGCGCCACGGGCUGUCAGCCGCCGGCGCCCUCGUCGCCGUCGGCCCCCCGCCUGCGCUAUCCCAACUCAGUCUGUUGGCCGACACCCAGGUGGACGACACGUACAAGCAGCUGAAGCAGGACCUGGAGUAUCUGGACCUGAAGGUGGCUGGAAGUAAAAUGCUAAAGGAGUCGGGGAUGCCCGUUAAGGUCGCAGAGAGCGAUGUGGAUGUGAAACUGAGUCGGUUGUGCGAGCAAAACAAGAUCCUGAAAGAUUUGGAAAUGCGGAUCAGCGCACUGAAGCAGGAUAAGGACAAGCUGGAGAGCGUGCUGGACGUGUGCCACCAGCAGAUGGAGCUGUUUCAUGAGCAGCCCGCCCAUGUGCACAAGAUCGCCUACCAGCAGAGACUGCUGCAGGAAGACCUGGUCUCCAUCAGGGCCCAGAUAUCCCGACUCUCCACGGAAAUGACGCACGCUUGGGAGGAGUAUGGUUGGCUGGAGAGUUCGGUGGAGCAGCUGAGGGCAGUGAUGCAAGCUCGCAUGAAUCUCAGUGCCACCUUGCAGCAAGAAAAGGCUGAGUUGAAGCGUGAGCUGUGGAGGAUCGAGGACGUGAUGGCGGGACUCAGUGGCAGCAAAGCCAACUACAAAGUCACCAUCGACUCUGUGCAGAACCCAGAGAGGAAGUUAGUGCCUUCCGUGUCGGAGCCCAGCGUGCCUUCUUCCAGCGCCGACGUCCAGCCGCCUCCCCGUAGCUGCGUCCCAAGCGUCUUCUCGCAAACGUUGCCUCCCAACUUUGUGCCAAAGUGGGGAGAGGACGGCGCUCCGCCCCGGCCGCCGCUCCCUCACCUGUACGACUACGAGGAGACGCCGCCCACCGUGCCGCCGCUGCCCAAGGAGGCGUCGGCGGUCAUCCGCCACACGUCGGUGCGAGGCCUCAAGCGGCAGUCUGACGAGAGGAAGAGAGACCGGGAAGGCGGACACUACGUCUUCAAUGGAGACUGUAAGACUGAUUUGCGUUCAUUCCUGAGUGAACCCGAGCUGCCAGCCAUCACUCACCACAACGCCGACACUGACUUCUACCCUCCUGACCAUAAGGGUCUGUCGGGCGCGUCAUGGCGGACGGCGAACCAGUCGGACGCCGUGUCGUCUUUCGUCACGCUGAGGAGAUGCCCCGGCACCGCCGUGGACAGGCAGGAGCGACCCAAGAGUGCCUUGGAGUGUUUGUCCUCCGAGUACCUGGGCGGCGCGCCCCCUCCCCACCGCGGUGGCCGAAUGAGCGCCGAGGAGCAGCUGGAGCGCAUGAAGCGUCACCAGCGGGCGCUGGUACGCGAGCGCAAGCGGAAUCUCAGCCAGGGCGAGCGCUCGAGCGCCCCGCCGCCCGCCUCCGUGUUUGAUUGGCGGGAGGAGCGUCCUGGGGCCGAAGGUGAAAGCGACAAAGGUCACAAGGAGGGACGAGGUCAGUGGGUGACGGCCAAGGCCACCCUGGUCCGAGAAGUGGACGUGGAGCAUCUGGACUACGACCUCGACAUCAGCAGAGAACUCUCCAAGCCGAAGAAGGUGUCCAUCCCGGAGCGUUACGUGGAGUCGGAUCCCGAGGAGCCGCUGAGCCCGGAGGAAGAGGAGGAGCGAAGUCUGCGCACGGAACGCAUCAGGAAACUCCUCAGCAAGUCCAACGUUCAGAAUUUGCAGUCAGGGCCGUUGGACCUGAGCGAGCUGGACUCGGUUCUCCAACAGCAGGAGAAGAUCAUGAACGCAUCGCGAGCCCUGGCGUCACAGGCGUCGAAGAAGAGCAAACUGGUGGCAGCAAAAGCUGCUGCUAGCCAGUGAACACUACUGCCCCCUACAGGAUACUCAGUAAAGGACCACUGGAGGACUUUACAACACAUCCAAACCUUUAACACACAUAGAGGAAAAACACAGUUUUAUUGUUUAUUUUUAUGAAAUUGUUUGUGGACCAGCUUGUAGCAUCACCUAGUGGCCACACAAUGUAUUUGCUACUAACAAGGAUGACAAGUUCACUUGACAAAAUAAACAAAUACGAUGGGGAAAACCA